AUGCAAAAGACGGACAAAGCCCCCGACGGGGAGACCCGACAAGAUUACAAGCUGGUGGCCUUUGCGGAUGGGGAUCCGGAAAACCCCAAGAACUGGUCGAAAGCAUGGAAGUGGUACAUCACCAUGGUCGUUGCCGUCACAUGUUUCGUCGUCGCCUUCAAUUCCAGUGUGAUCACCUCGGAUGUGCCAGGUGUCUCCGAAUCUUUCAACGUCAGCCAUGAGGCUGCUCUUGUGCCCAUCUCCGUAUUCGUCGUUGGCUUCGGUGUUGGUCCCAUGAUCUUCGCUCCUCUUUCUGAGGUUUUCGGGAGACGCAUCAUCUAUGGGUCUACCCUCUUUAUUGCCGUCGUUUUCAUCAUUCCCUGUGCAGUAUCCAAGAACAUCGGCACCCUCAUCGUUUGUAGAUUGAUCGACGGCAUCGCGUUUUCAGCACCCAUGACGCUGGUUGGUGGCACCCUUGCCGAUCUCUGGCGCAACGAGGAACGUGGUGUUCCCAUGGCCGCCUUCUCUGCCGCUCCUUUCAUUGGCCCUGCGAUUGGUCCUCUCGUCGGCGGUUUCUUGUCCGACGCUGCUGGCUGGCGUUGGCUGUACUGGAUCCAACUCAUCCUCUCCUUCGUCGUCUGGGUGCUCAUCACCUUCACCGUCCCCGAAACCUACGCGCCCACGAUCCUCGCCCGCCGCGCCGCAAAACUGAGGAAGCAGACCGGCGACAACGGCCACGUCACCGAGGCCGAGCUCGACCAGCGCCCCUUCUCGCAGCGCAUCGGCGUCUUCCUGAUCCGCCCCUUCCAGCUCCUCUUCCGCGAGCUCAUCGUCUUCCUCGUCAGCCUGUACAUGUCGGUCCUCUACGGCCUGCUGUACAUGUUCUUCGUCGCCUACCCCAUCAUCUUCGAGGCCCGCAAGGGCUACUCCUCCGGCACCACCGGCCUCAUGUUCAUCCCCAUCGCCGUCGGCGUCAUCCUCUCGGCCACGUGCGCCCCGAUGGUCAACAAGCACUACCUCACCCUCGUCGCCAAGCACAACGGCCGCCCCCCAGCCGAGACCCGCCUGAUCCCCAUGAUGAUCAGCUGCUGGUUCAUCCCCGCGGGGCUCUUCAUCUUCGCGUGGACGUCGUACGAGCGGCUGAUCUGGGUGGGCCCCUGCCUGGCGGGCCUGCCCGUCGGGUUCGGCUUCAUCUUCCUGUACAACUCGGCCAACAACUACCUGGUGGACUCGUACCAGCACCAGGCGGCGUCGGCGCUGGCGGCCAAGACCUUCAUCCGCUCCUUCUGGGGCGCCGCCGUCGUGCUCUUCACCGAGCAGAUGUACGACCGCAUGGGCGACCAGUGGGCGUCGAGCUUCCUGGCCUUUCUCAGCCUCGCCUGCUGCGCUAUUCCGUUUCUGUUUUGGCGGUAUGGCGCCGCGAUCCGCAGGCGCAGCAAGUACGCGUUUGGCGGGGAUGAGGAGGAGCAGGAGACGUCCGACUCGGACGUGGAGAAGGCGAGGAAGCCGGUCGAUCCUACCGCCCCGUUGCAUGAGGACUUGGAGGACCUGGAGAGGGCGAGGAGUUAUGUCGCUAACCCGUAA